GCAAAGCCUGUGCCUGGGUGAGGAUACAGAGAGUGGCCAGAGCAAAAGGGACAGAGAAGAAAAGGCCAGUGUUUCUCCCGCAUUAUCCAUUAACCAGUUUCGAGGAAUAAGGGAGUGAUUCAAAUUAGGCUGUUCAGGACGAUUCUAGGUCAGUAGCGAAAGGGAGAAAGAGAAGAGAAAAGCACAUUGUCACUAGAGAAAAACAAACAAAAGCUUUGACAGGGAAAGGCUGCAGCCACUCAGGCUUAAGUGGGAAAAUCCAAAGUGAGAGAGUAGGAUGGCAUGAGAGGAUAAAACAGGCAUUUUUUGGAAAGUACCAAAGGAACUCAGAAGGAAAAAAAGUAUAAGGGAUGUCAACAGAAGCCUAAGCUGUGAAGGAGUAGACAGAGAGGAAACUUUGCUUUGACAGACUGACACAGAAACCUGUCUGCAGGGUGAUUGCCGUCAACAAGAAAAAUGGAGAACUGUCCAUUCUUAGAAAGAUAGAAGAAAGGAUGUCACUGCCAGUUUUGCUGUUGCUAUCACUCUUGACUGUCCAAUGCAGUGGAUGUGGCUUUGACUUGGAAAGUGUGAGAAACAUUAGAGCAACUAUCGACUCUAAUACGAUUGGAUUUCGGACGGUGUUCCCUAAAGAUUACUCUGUAGUACACCACUACACAAAUAGCAUGCUUUGUGACAGUCCGUGUUGUGUGUUCCCUGCUGCAAUUGUCCUCUUGGAUUCCUGGAAUGUGCUUCUCAUAAACCUCUGGGAUGAACACUUACAUUACUCUUUAAUCCAGGAUAUAAGGCAGACACUGGCUAAAAUUAUUAAUAAGAACAGAAACACACUGAGAUUCCAGGAGGAGACAGACUUGGCCCAGUUCUGCACAGUAACUUCCUCUCCAGAAGAACUCCUCAAUCUAACAUCAAAACUUUUCACUCAAUGGAUCAGAUUCGGGUGCGAACCUUCGAUUGAAACUUGCAUCCCGUCCACUUUGCCGCCCUCUACUGAAAGGAAGGACUGCGGUCCAUCAAGGGCCAGACUCUUGACCACCCGAGCUAUCAGAAGCACGGAGGACGGACAGCCUGACAUGAUGAUAGACAUUACACAGCUUCAGUCCAGUGGCGGUCCUCUAUCCCUAUCAUGUGCCACAUCUGUCUGGAGCCCCUUGCUAUUUGGACUCUACUGGUGGCUGCUGCCGUAGUUACUAAAAAGGAUCUUUUUGAUGAUGAAGCACAACAGAAUGCAAGAUAUUUUCCUGGCACUGAAAGAUUGUUUCUUAUAUUUGUGUCUUUGUGUUUAAGAUAGUAAGCUUUGUUAAUAUGAAGUAAGAUGCACAGGUUGCAUUUAAUGUCCAAAGUUAAUGCAAAUAGCUCAGUUCACUGUCCACAAGAGCUCUGUAACAACUGAUAUCACAGAUAUAUAACGUAUAGCCAUUCUCCCUAGAGCAGGGCCACAAACUCCAGCUAGCUAUGCGCUCUAUGCUAACAAGAGUUAAAUGCUGAGCAGCCCACUGCACAUAAGCCUCAUCUAUUGAUGUGGACAUCAUCACUGUUUACAAUGAAUGUUAUGUAAAUGUAAGAUAUUAUAGUCUGUGGGUGUUUAAUUUUUAUAUAUAAAUGUAAAUUAAAGACAUUUAGGUACAUGCAUUAUUAGUUUUGGUUUAACUUACCAGGAUAUAAAAUCCCAAAGGUUGUAAGCAAAAUAUAUUUAUUAUGGUGUUUCCUGUUUGUCAGUAUUGAUAAAAAGCAUUUACUCAAGUUCUGUACUUAAUUACAGUUUGAGGUACUGGUUUUUACUUCUAUUCAACUCCUGUUCUGAGUGAAUUAUUGUCAUUUUUACUCCACUACAUUUUUUGACAUUUCUAAUUACUGGUUACAUGUCCAAUCCAGAUUUUUCAUGUAAGACAUAUUAUUAUUAUUCUAUAAAAUAUGAUGCAUAGUUAGAAAACUACCUAAAAAUGUAUUAGCCUACAGUAAAGCUUAAAAUCAGCUCCAACAGUGAAAUGCUUACACACUGUUGCAUCAACGGUGCUUAUCUAAUAAUAUAAGUAGUAUAUGGAGUAACCGUUAUAGAGAACAAAUUUCAGCAUUGAAUACUUUUACUACUUAAGGUACAUUUAACUAGCAAUACUUACAAUACUUUACUUUUGUAUAACUUUUGAAUGAAGGGCUUUUACUUGUAAGAGUAUUUUAGUGUGGUUUGUUAUUUUUGCUUCAGUAAAAUAUUCAAGUAUGCUCUCCAGUACCGUUCAUCAGCAAUAAUACUAGUUAUUCACAUAUUUUGUAGACUUUACUAUAUUUUGUUUAUGACCUAGCAUUCCAUCUGUCCACAUUCACAAAAACUCAACAACAUACUGUCAGCUCUAUGUAAAAAUCCUUUGCAAAUGUUUUGUAACCCUUAAAAAAAUAAGAGAGGAAUGGCAGAGGAAUGUGCUUUGUAUGGGAGUUGAGCCUCUCCUGUUCUACCUCCUGUCAGGAGCCUAGUAAGUAAUUAAUGUGGACUUGGUGCUUGCACUUGCCCCUGCUUGCACACACAAUGUGCGCGGGUGUCUACCUUGUGAUCUUCUUUGUGGUU